AUGGGCACGAUGCAGAAGGAGGAUGGCCAGGCCCAGGGCCUUGGGCAGGACUUCACAAAGCAAGUUAUCGCGUCUAUGGGGGAGGACACAAACCCGAGACUCCGUCAAGUUCUGUCCUCUUUCAUCCAGCAUAUCCACGACUUUGCUCGUGAAGUCGACCUCACUACCGACGAAUGGAUGACUGGUGUCAACAUGAUCAACUGGGCCGGUCAAAUGAGUAACGACCGACGAAACGAAGGCCAGCUUCUCUGUGAUGUCAUCGGCCUGGAAUCACUCGUUGAUGAUAUUACCAAUCGGGUGGCCACGAAGAACGGCGUGCCUGGGACGGCGACAGCCAUUUUGGGCCCUUUCUGGCGUGCAGACGCGCCUGUCCGUGCCAAUGGCAGCACCAUUGUUCUCAAAUGCCCCGAUGACGGAGAGCUUGCGUUCAUGUAUGGUCAAGUGACCUGCUCCAACACGGGAAAGCCUCUCGCUAACGCGUCUGUUGAUGUUUGGCAAGCAUCCACAAACGGACUGUACGAGCAGCAAGAUGCGGAUCAACCGGAACACAACUUGCGCGGAAAGUUCAUUACGGAUGAGGAGGGCCGUUACGCGUUCUACUGCCUUCGGCCCACUCCGUACCCAGUUCCGGGAGACGGCCCAGCUGGAAAGCUUCUGGACCUACUUCACCGUAAUCAUUACAGACCAGCCCACAUUCACCUCAUCGUUCAAUCAGAAGGAUUCAAGUCGGUUACAACACAGAUUUUUGACGAAGACUCAGACUACUUGGAGAACGACUCGGUCUUUGCUGUGAAAGAUGGGUUGACGGUGAAAUUCACUGAGAGGAAGGGCGACCCCAAAGCCGCAAAAGAGCUUGAGUAUAACCUUCAGUUGGUUUCUGAGAAGUAA